AUGUCCUUCGAAGAUAUUUUCACUAACUUAAGAGACCUACCCUACUCAUAUCCUGACAACAUGGCUAGAGAAUCGCUUAGUCAAAUGGCCAGGCAGAAAAAUACCGAGAGGAUGGCUGCCCGUAGGAGAGCUGAAGCCGAGCGAACUAAACCUCCACCCCCUCCACCCGACGCUAGGGUAGAAUCUUCUCCACCUGCUCCUGUUGAGGAGACGAUUCAGAUUGAUGUGGCCGAAACGGAACCUGUUAUAGAUCAACAGGAGGGUCAAGUGACGGAGCACAGGGGAGAAAAACGUCCGGCCGAACACGAAGCCGAUUAUUCGGAAAACCUAGUGGAUAAACAGCCACGCGUGGAAGAAUCGGACCUGGCGUCGGGAAGGAUAGCUGAGAUUGGUCGUCACCAACAUGACGCUAUCGAACAUAUCGGCUUUCUCACAGUCGAGGCAGAAAACGAAAAGGACAAGGCAGCAGAGGCCUCUCUCAAAGCCGAGUCUGAGGCCAUGAAAGCGGCGGAAGAAAGAGCGAGGGCCAGUGCCGAAGCAGAUAAGGCCAAGACUGCUAACCAAUUGAGAUUAGCCGCCGAGCAAAAGGCGAAUGCUAGCAAAGAAGUGCUCAAAUUGGCCAACGAGACGAUUGCCAAGCUGGAGGCCAAUUUGGAGGAGUCGAAGAGGGCGAUGGCGAACGCCGAAUCCGAGAUUUCCAAGUCAUUCCAAGUUGGCAAGAAUGCAGCCUUGGAGAACUAUGUCAAGGAAAUGCCCAAGUUCGAGAAUAGGGGGUUCAAACACGGCUGGUUCAAAGCCUUAGCCGCCGCUAACGUGGUAUCGGAGCAGCCGAUUCUAUACGAGCAGGUAGACAUUGAGCCGCUGGAGUCUAACCCUGAAGACUGA